AUGAUCAUGACCACGCCACCGGAGCAACACGAUGAGGAAGCGAGUCUGCACGCGUUUUUAGAGGAGCUAAAUCGUUUGCAGGAGGCCACUCGACAACGAGCCGAGGAACUGCAACGCGCACAACGCGCCGAAGAAGCGCUACAGAAAGAGAUGAAGACUGCUCUCUUGGAGGCGCAGAAGGAGCGACAGGCCACACUGCAAAUGGAGUUGGAGCUUGUGAACGCGGAGUUGCGCAUCGCGGCCUCUCGCAAUCAGACAAGCAAAAGCAGACUGCUUAUGCAAGAAGUGAAUGAGCAGCUUGCCUGUACGAAGCAGCUGUUGGAGGGGCACGAUGGAGAAGGCGGUGCUGUACGCCGCGAUGUGGAACCAGGUAUUUUUAUUGAUUGCGGUGCUGGCCCACUCGAAGCUUCCCUCCGUUGUGUGUUUCAGAAUGCCCAUCUUCGUGAAGAGUAUAUCGUCCCCAUUUCCAAGCUGCUAAACCAACUGUACUCGAGUUAUCAGCAUCUGAAAGCGGACACCGCAGCUUUAGGCGAGGAAAGGGCAGAUGUGUUCGCGAGCUUCAUUUGGUGGUUAAGCGACCUACCAGUUGGCGUAGCCUUCACUGACGAUGAACGAGUUGUGCUGCGGUUUGCGAAGAAGCGUAUGGACGAGUGA